GCUGCCUCCAGCCAUGCUCUUACCUUCUUGUUUGUCCUCACUCCCUUUGAGCCUGGAGAAACCGCCUGCUGCGUGAAGUCCCAAGUCUUGUCCCUGGCCAGGGACUCCUAAAAUAAGAGGAAGAUUGUGUUAGAAGGAAAGGAAACUGAGUGUCAUUCUCGAUUAACCAAACUUCCUUGAAGUACUAGAUACAAGAAAUAACCAGCUGUGCUUUACAAAGAAGGAGGCACAAACACUUAAUGGUGGGUUUCUAGAACAUACGCCUAAUGCCCAGAAACUCUAAAAACAGAACCAGAAAGAGAACACAGAAAGAAGAAAACACCUACCUGUAAUGUAAUCUCUGAAAGGUGAUAUUUAGGGCCAGGCGACAAUGACAGUUUUCAACGAUGGUUACAUUAUGAUGAACGGCUCAUCGAAUUCUUACUGAAUUAAUGCAACGAUGUUCUUGGCCUAGCUCUUCAUAAAGACGUUGGCGUCAAAAUUAUUAACAAAGCCUGUCAAUCGAAAAAGUUCUCUGCGCUGAUGCAGAGAGUAACGUUUUCAUCCUAGAAGAAGCACCAAGCACCUUGGAGCGCCAACCCUAGGUAAGCUCGUGGAUGGUCAUGCCCUGGAGCUCGCCUCUGUGCACCAUGCCGUCUAAAUCUGCUUUCUUCAGUCAACCAAGGGUGGAAGCCACCCUCCAGCCUCCAUCCAGCAUCCAAAAGAGGAAGAGGGACGAGUCAUCAGAUUCUGAGGAUGACCUGGCAGAGCUAUUUGAACCUGAUCCCCAGCCGGCGUGGUCAGUGGAGACGCCGUGCGUGCUUAGGAUGAUGCUGCAGAGGCGACGUGUGUCUACAGUGCGUCCUGAACACCACAAGGUCUUCACCAAAUUGCUCGAGGAUCCCGUGGUGAAAAAAUUCCUGACCUGGGACAAGAUGCUGAGGGUGUCAGACAAGUACCUCCUGUCUAUGGUCAUAGCUUAUUUCAGCCGCGCUGGGCUCUUCUCCUGGCAGUACAGGCCAAUCCACUUCUUCCUGGCUCUCUACCUGGCCAAUGACAUGGAGGAGGACAACCAGGCCCCCAAGCAAGACAUUUUUUACUUCCUCUAUGGGAAGAGCUAUGCCCAGCGCCCCAUGUUCCACAAACUGCGCUUCCAGUUCAUUCGGUCCAUGGGCUGGAGGAUCUGGGUGUCCCAGGAGGAGUGUGAAGAGAUCCAGGCUUAUGACCCAGAGCUCUGGGUAUGGACACGAGAUCGUACUAAACUGACCUAGAACCCUAGGGUCAUGGAUACUCGAGGCCAUCAGCCUGCCAUAGAUCCCUGUGCCCGAAGGAGAUGCUCUAUGCCAACAUUAGGACUGCUGAGGGAAAGGAGAGAGGACUGACUAUCUUCCAUGGGAAACCUAGAAGAACCCAGACUCUUCCAGAAGGAGUGGGAUGGAAUCACCUCACUGCGCUCCUGGGAGCUGGGACCCCUGUAGGAGUCCCUGGAGGGGCCAUGAGAAACCAGGAUUCCUCCAGGCUCCAUGCUUUCCAGAGGCACCAUCUAAAUGUUAUCCCGAAUGUCCUCGGUCCCCACCUCCCAACCGUAGCAGCUGAAGGCCCGUGGUUUCCUGUAAUUGGUCUCCACUGCUCAGGCCAUUUGAAGGAGGCACCUCAGGGCUCAGAUGUGGAGGGAACUACCUUCAAAGUAUAGCAUUUGAGCUAUAUGUUUGUAAU